AUGUCUGAAAGUUUUCAAGCUGAUUUGGCAAGUUUGGAUGUUGAAUCCAGAAAAGAGUUGAUGGCCUGGUUGGAAACCGAAAACAGCAAAUCUAAAUUUCAACAAUCUAUCCACAAGUUCAAUGACUUGUGCUUCAAGAGAUGUAUCGACAAGAUCGAAGGUCCAAUGGUCACCCCAAAUGAAGAACAAUGCUUGAAGGGUUGUUUGCACAGAUUCUUGGAUACCAACACAAAGGUGGUUAACAAUCUUUCAAAACUCCAACAAUAG